AUGGAAUCUCGUCAUUUUUGGGAGGAAAACGGACAUGCUGUAAAGUAUGAAAACUACAAUUCGAACGAUGGUUUCGGAAGGACUGCAGGCGAGCAGCUUAACUUCACCGCGCCGUCCGAAGACGAGACAGAGUACCCGUCAGGCGCCUACUUGAAGAAGGGGAAGGUCUCGAGGCAAGACCCAAUGUCCCACCGGAUAAUAGAGAAGAGACGCCGAGACCGGAUGAAUAAUUGCCUAGCGGACCUCUCUCGCCUUAUUCCGCCAGAGUAUCUGAAGAAAGGCCGCGGAAGAGUGGAGAAAACCGAGAUCAUAGAAAUGGCUAUACGACAUCUAAAGUACUUGCAGGAGCGAAUCAAUGCGAGCGAAAAGCAGGCGGGGGAAGAACGUUUCCGCGCCGGUUAUCAAGAAGCAGUGGGAGAAGCGCUACGGUACCUGGCAGAAACUCAUGGCUUUCCCGCCGACGGCAUUUGCGCACAGCUCGCCUCUCACCUUAAGAGGCAUUGCGAGAUUAUCACAAAAGGCGAAGCGCCCCGGCACAAUAGUCGAUCGUUUGGCUCAUCGUCAGAAACCGCCAGUUCAUCCAGUAGUUCGCUGAGCUACACGGUGAAGCCGGGUGUCAUCCAACCGCCACCGGGUCCGCACGCCUACCCACCCGAUCACUACGAGCCGGCGCCAGACCAGGCGUACCCUUUGGAAUGUAAUCGAGUGGCGGCAGCGCAGCGAGUGUCCGGGGGUGUGUCGGUGGGGAUGUGUGCGGGGGCGGGGACGGGAGUGGGGGCGGAUGCGGGCGAGGGCGAGGGGGAGGGGGAGCUGCCGGACGCGCACCAUAAGCGCGAGCGCGACGCGGCGCUCCGCAAGCUGCACAAACCCGACCAGGAUGACUACUUGCACUCCUACAAAUUCAAGAACUCCAUCGAGAGGCGGUUCUCCAGGUCGCAGGACACGGAGGCGGCAGAGUCGCAGGUGCGCGCGCCGCACGGCAGGCUGUACUCGCACAAGCGGCGCCGCGCCGCGCGCCCCGCCCUCUCCACCUCCGCCUCCACAGAGGAUGCGCAAGAUACUUCGCCGCAGGACACGUCAAGCGAUUCACCCCACCACCAUCAAUACGACCAGUAUGAAAAACCUACGCCCACGCAGUACGUUCCAGUUUUCGCGCUUAACGCACUUGGCAAGUACUACGUGCCGCUGAGCGUGGAGUACGCGUGCGUGUCGCGGCAGCUAAGCGCGUGUGAUGCGCUGGACGCGCGCGCGCCGCUCGCUGCGCUGCACCCCGUCACCAUCCACGUCAACUUCACGCCCUGCCUCAACUACCACGUCAAGCGCGAACCCGACCGCGAUUGGCGCCCCGUCUAG